AUGGGUACAACAACAUCAGCACCUCAAGAAUUUCCUGAUAAAAGAAAAACAAUUAAAAUGAUUAAACAACUAGAAGAAUGGACAGAAAAAAGAGUAGGAAACAUAUUAUUUGAUUCAAAUGUUCAUAAUUGGAAUAGAUUCACAUCAGUAUUUGAUCUAAAAUUACUUUAUAAAAAACAUAUAAUAAUUAUUGUUGAAGAUACACAAGGAAAUAUAUUUGGAGAGUAUGUUAACUCUAAAAUUGAUAAAGUUGAUGCUUGGAUUAAUGAUCCACACGCAUUUGUAUUUUCAUUAGAGUCAAAAGGAAGACUAAAAAAAAUGAUGAAAUUUGAUAUUAAAGAACCAAAGUAUGGAUUUUUUAUGGAAAGUUCAUCAUAUGGUCCAUUGUUUGAUAUUGGUUUUGGAAGAGACAUUGGUGUUUAUAAACAAAAUUAUAGCACAAAGUCAUUUUGUUUACAAUUUUCGUUUGAAUACGAUGGAAUAUCAAAUGCCCUUUGUGGAAAACGAAUAUUCAAAACAAAACAAGUAAUCGUAAUUGAAAUGAAAUAA